AUGCUGCGGAAGGAGCCACUACCGGAUCUCCUAGAUUGGCUUCUGUGUUUACUGCUGGAGCUUGAGCAGGAACUGGUUGAAGCGGCUUUAGGAUGGUUGGAGCUCUCUGACCUCCAUCGAGCUUGGAGCUGCCAGAAGCUGAAGGAGAUGACCAAACCACCAGAAGAAGAGGGUCACAGAGAUGAUGUCGUCUCUGCUCAAGGACCUGGCGGAGAACGGCCUCGCAGUGGGCAGCAACGACAUCAAGCCAUCUCCUCCUUGGUGGUGGUUAAUCUGGCAGGCGUUGAAUGUACUCCAGAUACAGGUGGAGGAGGCCCAGCCAGCAAUGCCCAGGUAACAGAUGAAGAGACCCAGGUAACAGUAGAAGAGGCCCAGCUAGCAGUGGAGGAGGCCCAGGUAACAGGGGAGGAGGCCCAGGAAGCAAUAGAGGCCCAGGUAGCAGUGGAGGCCCAGGUAGCAGUGGAGGAGGCCCAAGUAACAGUGGACGUCCAGGUAGCAGUGGAGGAAGCCCAGCUAGUAAUGGUGGGCAUUCCAUAA